CACUGCACACUGUUUUACUUUCUUUGGUAAAGAAAUGAAAUAGUUUUCAAUACUUCUGCUUCUGCUUUGCAGAAUAUUCUUUCACCUUUCUCCCGUGAAUUUAGCAACUUUUUUGGUUACUCUUGGUCAUAAAUGUGGGAGUGAAAAUUAUAUUUUGCGACUUUCCAUGGGUACACAUGCUUUUUAGCUCAUAGCACGACUUUGCUACACUAAAGCAGUAUGGAGGUAACUCCAUCUCCAUCAACCAUGUCCCUGCUGUGUUCUGCUGCUCAUUUCAUGGAGAUGGAAUGUGAUGAUGGUCCUGAAACACCCAACUUGAAGCCCCACAUUGAAAAGUUUCUCGAAGGAAUUCGUUUCUGGACUUGGUCUGAGCUCGUUGAAGCAUUGAAACAGUGUCAAGACUUAUUUUCUUUUAAAGGUUAUUUGGCCAUUCUGGACAGAAUUAUGGAUCACUUGAUAGAGAGACUGGCAUCACCUGGCAUUACCAGUCCAAAUACAUGUUCCUCCAACAGAUCCAGCUUCCAGUUUUCUUGUGAUACAAGCAGCAAUAACAGCCUCAGAAAUAACUGCUCUGGGGCCACAUGGUGGUUUGAACAUCUUCUGUUCUUGAAGAUUGAUUUGUUGGACAAGGUCACAAGGACAAUGCUAUCUUAUGAUUUUGAUCAUGGUGUGGUCUCUAGAUUCCUGUUCUACUAUCACAACUCAACUUGUCUUGGUGCUCUACAGGAUGAGAAGACUGAGACUACCGAGGUUGUUAUCGAUCUUCUUUUGCUGCUAGAUUUGAGAUCAAUUUCUUGCAAGGAUUUGUUCAAUCUAAAUCGAAUGGCUGUAGGUUUGAAAAUGAGCACAAGUUUCGUAGACAAGAUAGAAAGUCUUAUAGGUCCUCUUCUGGAUCAAACAACAAUUGAUUAUCUACUUCUUCCAUCUCCACGUGGGAGGGGUCAAGCAUAUGAUGUUGGUUUUGUCCUUAGACUCGUACACAUAUUUUUCUUUGGACACAGUUCUGAGGUAGAUUCAAAUAGACUGAAGAGAGUUGCGAAAAUGAUGGAUUUGUUCCUUGUGGAAGUUGCUCCAGAUCCCCAUCUCAAACCUUUUGAGUUUGAAGCAUUGAUUACCGUGCUCCCAGAUACUGCAAGGGAAUCUCAUGAUCAAUUAUACCUAGCCAUGGACAUGUAUCUCAAGGUCCAUGCAGGAUUGAGUGACAAAGAGAAGAUAAGUAUCUGUUGUACACUGAACCACGAGAAGCUGUCAGCAGAACUUCUGAGAAAUCUUACUCGAAACUUGGUGUUUCCUUCAGAGGCAAAACCCAGAGCUUACGUUACUAAACAAAGCAGAAUGAAAACCUUGCUCCAGGAAAAUGAUCACUUGAAAAACUUUUUUGAAUCCGUAUUUCGUAAAAGCUUCAAGAACAUAGAGGUGAGAGAGGAUGUUGAAAAGAGAAGCUAUGAUGGGGAAGAGCUUAGAGGAGAUUCAGAAGGAAUGCAGAACGGGUCCCAGCUAAAGAGGUCAGGGACUCAUAUCAUGAGCAAUGCUACGUACCUGCCAAAACUCUGUUCAUGAUGUUUACUUUCACAUUUGACCCUGAAUUUUGUGUUCAUCUCUGUGUACGUAUUCUUCAAGUGUUAAAGGAGUAAAGUUAUGCAAAUCAUGUACAGAUAUCAUAUUCUAUGUAACAUUUUUCACAUAUGAUUUUAUACAAGAGAAUAUGUCAGUUGUUUGCUUUGUGCAGA